AUGAACACUGGACAUGAAAUCGUUAACUUAAAAAAGGUAUUGAAAUCCACAUUUGAAAGAAAAAAUACAUUCUGCAGUUUCGAGAUUUCACCAGUAAAAAAUAAUGACUUUUAUCAAAGCUUUUUUAGUGAAAUGGAUCAAUAUCAUCCUCUUUUUUACACGUUGACAUGUCACAUGAAAAAUAUGACAAACAAUUUUCUAUCUUUAGAGUUACUUGAUCAAAUUCCAAGCAAUAUAAUUGUCCAUCUAAUUGCUACCGGUUUAAGACGUGCCGAUAUAUUAUUUAUUCUAAACAGAGCUUUAGACCUUGGCGUAACCAAUAUUUUUGUGUUGAGAGGAGACUCUAAAGUUGCGAAUAGCGAUUUUCUAUACGCUGCAGAUUUAGUGCGUUUUAUAAGAAAUGAAUUUGACGAUAUAUUUUGCAUAGGUGUUGCUGGAUAUCCAGAAAUGCAUGCAGAAUCACCCUCCAAAGCAUUAGACUUGCUAUAUUUGAAACAGAAAGUUAAUGCGGGUGCUGACUUUAUAAUAACACAAAUCAUUUUUAAUGCUGAUGUUUUUAUUAAAUUCGUGAACGAUUGCAAAGCAAUUGGAAUCAAUGUUCCGAUUAUUCCUGGUAUUUUACCAAUUUCUAAUUACACGUGUCUCGAAAAAAUGGCGAAGAUUUGCAAUUUUAAAGUACCAGAGAAUAUUUUAAAUGUUUUACAAUCCAUACAGUACGACGAUGAUAAAAUCCGCAAUUAUGGAGUAGAAUUAGCUAUAAGUAUCAUUAAAGAUGUCAUUUCGAGCGGAACUACUUGUGGUUUUCAUUUGUUCACAUUGAACAGAACAUCAUUAUCAUCAGAAAUAUGCAGGAAAUUAGAUAUUUUCAAAUGAUUAUACAAGG